GCAGGUGUGAAUGUGUGCAGAGAAGAUACGGACAUAUCAUCAUCUACUUGAUCAUCCUCAUAAAGAAAACAACUGACAUUCCAGCACGUGGAAGCAAGGAAGACGGACAGCCCAAUGCAACAUUAAAGGUUCCAAUGGAUUCUCAGAUUGAAAAUGAAAGAGGUGAGCAAAAGGAGAUGGCAGUCAGGCAGAGCACGUCUAUACUCUCCCCACAGCUUAAAGCCAUGAUCCGAAUCAAGAAGAAAUACCUAAAGAAACAUCUCACGGAUCACGUCUCUAACUCAGCUAGGCUGGGCCUGAACGGCUCAAACUGCAUGAUCUCAGAUGGCCAACCCAAGAGGCCUAAGAGGAAGACCAAGCGUCGUGUGCUGUUCCCUAAUGACACUCUCAUGUUCAAGCCGAAGAAGGAACGCAACAGAUCAAAACAUUUCCUGAUCUUCUUCUGCGUCAUCAUCUUCCUCCAGGUCUACAACGCCAUUUUGGAAGAUGAUACUUUGAAAUACGACCUUGAAGGUUUGGAAAAGACAUUACACAGAGAGGUGUUCGGUCAGCGGGAGGCACUAGAGGAGUUAAUGGACCACCUGGUAGAUUACCUGUCCACCUACAACCACCAGCAACCCCUCGCCCUGUCUUUACACGGGCCGUCUGGCGUGGGGAAAACCCACCUGGGUCGCCUGUUCGCGCGCCACUUCCGUUCCGUGAUAGGCGACAAGCUGGUGGUGCAGUAUUUUUCCAAGCACCACUGCCCCCUGCAGGAAACAGCUCAACAUUGCGCCUCCAAACUGGCCAAGCGCAUAGCGGAGGUAGUGACUCUAGCUGAGGAAGAAGAGCAAAUUCCGUUCUUCAUCCUAGAUGAGGUGGAACUAAUGCAGCCUCCACUGCUGGACGCUCUGAAGUCGUAUCUUAAACCGGAUCAGAAAAAUGAGUUUCUUAACGUGGUUUAUGUUUUUCUAAGCAGUCUGGGCCAAAGGGAAAUAACAGCUCAUGUCCUGCAAAACGGCUCGAUCGCUGGAGCUCAUAAAUCGCUUCAGCACACCCUGUCUGGAAUCCAUCCGCUGUGGACAGACCCUGCGGUGAAGGUUGUUCCUCUUUCUCUACUGGAGCGUGAGCAUGUGAUCCUUUGCUUUCUGGAGGAAAUGACGCUCGAGGGGUUUUAUCCCGACAACACUCAGGUAGAGACACUGGCGGAUGAACUGGCCUAUCACACCGCGGCUGAACAGCGGUAUGCGAAGACCGGAUGCAAACAAGUUGUGGCAAAGGUUAACUUGCUUUAAACGAAAUUGACUUUAUCGUGAAGCGAGUUAAGGAUGUUAGCAUUUCUGUCAAACAGUUCAUUUUUGUUUUUUUACAUUUUACAGGAAACUCUGUCAUAGUUGUUAGAUUCACAUGACUCUUUCUUCUGUGAGAAACUGGGCAAAUUAAAAAAAUACCACAAUGCAUGAUGCCAGAGGCUUUGAGUUGUGAGAGGGAUGUAACAUCACCAAAAACCUAUAACAAAGGUUUAUACAAUAUUUUAGUUCUUCUGUAACCACACGAUAACUUUGUGUGCACUUUGUGUGAAUAACACAGUUUAGUAAUCACAUCUGUGAACAGAUCAUUCUGGUUUUUUUUAAUCAUAACUCAUUAAAAAAGAUUUUACUUAAAGGAAUGGCUACAAAUUAAAAGAUCCUGCAUUGUACAUUAAAUAUGACAGUCACAAUAUCCGAUUUUCGCUACAUGGUUAUUGUAGACAAAAAAUAUUCCGCAGUAGCGAUAUUAUUGCGAUAUGUGAAUAAAUAAAUUAUGCAAUCAGAUAAACUUAUCUUUAAUUUCGUUUCUUUUUGUGGGGCUUUUAAAGUGUCUUAGUUUACAGUAUUACGAUAUGUGUAUAAUUUUCACGUUUGGCAUGAUUGUGAUAUCACGGUUAUUGACAAUAUACCAUAUUGUGACACCCCUACUUUAAAAUAUCUCCUUUUGUGUUGCACAUCAAAAUCAAAGUCAUACAACACGUGGGUUAGUAAAUUAUUUUGGUCUAAUAAUAAUCUGGAAUUUCUAUAAUUUAAACAGCUUUUGUGUUGAGGUAUUAAAAGGUCCAGUGUAUGAAAUUUAGCGGUGAAGUUGUGAAUUACAACCAACAGCUUAAUCCAGUCCUCCAACCGCACUACAGUGGCUGACACUGGGGCAGAGAUGUCGUCACGUUUUCGAUUCUUUGCCGAAGACGAAAAGGUAUUUACGAACCGUGCUCUGUAGUACAGGUUGUCCGUUUAGGGCUUUUGUAGAAACAGGAGAGCCACGGUGUAUGAAGAUAGAACUAGCUCAUUCUAAGGUUAGAAAAACAUAAUGCUUCCUUAUGUAAGCUCUUUAUACACCUCUGAAGACAUAGUUGUGUAUAUUAUAAACUGCAUUUCUGUCAAUAGAUCUUCCAAAAAAAUCACACAUUGGACCUUUAAAUUGUGUUUCACCUCACAUGUGAGUUUGUACAGUGUUCUAUAAAACUCUUACUAAGUCUAACUCUUACUUUAUUGAGAAUUUUCUUCAUCGUUUAAGUCACGUUCAAAAUUGCAUUAUUUUUGUGUUCGGUUGCUGGUUGUAGUUUGUUUGCUGUGUUUGGUAGUUUAGUGUUGGUUUCACCCUUGGAGACAACUGUCUGUUUGUGGUAAAUGUUCCCACACAGAUUUUAAUAUCAGACAUUUUUUUACA